GAAAGACUUUCAAACAGGCUAGGUUUUACUGUACAGUUUUGACGAUGUGAUAAUGUUGUUCCUUGUUCUAAUGCGUGUAUAUGUUGUAAGGUGAGUAGAAGAAUAUUUCAUCUUCUGUAGUCUCGUUUACUCAGUGUGUAAACAAAGCAAUGACAUUUCACCGCAACCGGGGUCUGGCAAAUGUAAUGAAAUCGUGCUGGCUAACAUAGCCUAAUUUAUGCAGAAUGCGCAUCCAUUGCGGAUGUGGUGCAGAAUAAUGCGCAGUGCGCAUUUACCUUCAAAUUUGCCUGUCAGAUUAUGAUCUUAUUUGUUCUAUGAAAUGUAAUUUUUGUCGUUGAAAUAGUAAUUUCAGUUAUGGCUUUUCUGUCCAGUCCUACCUAGCCUUUUAUGUGUGGAAGCUCUCCACCUCUUCACGUUAAUUUAACAAACUAGGCCGGACGUUGCAAGUCUGUUCAAUGGCUUUGUGUUGGUUUCUGUCUUUACGUUUUUGGUAAAUGUAUUGUUUAUCAAACAGGCUAAUACGUCCCUCUUACCAGUCGUGUAUAUUUGUACAGGCAAUGGACCUACUGUGCUAGUUAGGUAAGCUAGUUGACGUCUGAGAUUCUGUGACAUUUUUGCCAAGAGCUGGACUAGUUUCUUCCCUGCCCUUUGUCAUUGGCCUACGUAAUAGUCAUAGUUUUACCACCAGUGUACAUUCAACAGCAACAAAACCAUAUUUAGUCAAUUUAGGAGAUAUAUUCAUGAAACCUAAUUGUUUUGUUUAUUGAGUGGCAAGAGAACUUCUGUCAGUAGUUGAGUGAAUGGCGCUGCCUCUGCCAACUUGGUUAGUGUGUCUGCGAACCAGGCCUGAUUAAUGACUGAAUACUAUGAGGAGGGGGGGCUGCUAUACGAGCACUCGCCUCCCAAGCACAUCAAAGAGGAGUCACCAGAGGGACCCUGCGGAGGAGGCAUCUCGGAGGAUGGCUUCCCACGGGAGGAUGAUGACUCGGAGGGCAGCUGUGAUCAUAAUGGCAGCCUGCCGGAUGGGCUUCCUUUCAAUGUUGUGGUGGUGCACCCUAAUGUGGCGCCAGGCCUGUCAUCCGACGACCUUUUUUACACUGAACAGAAUAGAGGAGUGUCUUCUACACUGGCAGCAGGAAGUGGGGGCAAGAGGAAGAGUCGUUUCAGCGGAGCUGAGCUAGAAGUCCUGGUGUCUGAGGUGACACGCUGUGAAGGAGAACUCUUUGGCCCUGCGGGGAGGCUCCGUCGCCGUGAGAGGGAGCGCAUCUGGGCUGGAAUACUCGAAAGGGUCAACGCCGUCUCCAGAGUCCCACGGACGCUGCGCGAGGUGAAGAAGCGAUGGGAUGACCUGAAGAGACGAAAUGGUGGGAGGCUGGCAGACGCCAGGUAUCGCAGCUGCUACGUGACCUCCAGCAGGGGAGCGUCGGCUCUGGGGAGGUCUGCUCAGGCAAGCCCCAGGCUUCAACAGGGCCAUCAGAGACAGAGCUCCCGAGGAAAGGGCAGUAACAUGAGUUUCUCUGACACAGACGCAGCAGGUGGCGGUGAAGGAUCUGAGAGGGAUGGUUGCGAGAAAGAUGAUGAAGCGGGUGAGCAUGACGAUGGGGAGGGGGAGUGUGAAGACGGUGCUGAGAGUAGCAUGGAGGACAAGUUGGGUUUGGGACUGGGUUUGGGAAUAGUGCCUCCGCCAACAUCAGAGCGUUGGCUCCCUCCUUCCCCCCUCUACAGUGCUCCGUUCCUCAACGGGACCCCGCAGCCCAGUCCUCAGCCUUCACUGGGGGCCCACCAGGGUCUUCUUGAGGCCCCCCCUCCACGCGUCUCUUGGCUGGAGGAUGAGCUGCGGGGUCUUGGCGAAGCAGCAGUGCGGCUCGGGGACCGUGUGGAGCAGAGUCUGCGGGAGUUUGGGGAGGGUUUCCGCUGUGACAUGCGGACCCUGGUGGCCUCCCAGGAAGCUCUCUCUGUCAGCUUACAGCAAAACAAUGUCUUAUUGCAGAGGUUAUUGGGGCUGCUUGAGAGCCAGCAGCAACAGCAGCAGCAGCAGGCACAGCAUCAGCCUCAGCCUCAUCCACAUCAGCAGCAACAGGUGCCACAGCAACAGCAACCACACCAUAAUCCGCCCUUACAACCAAAUCAGGUUCUACAGCAGCAACAGGAACAGGAACGUCAACAUCCUACAAACUCGAAUGAUCAACUAACACCCUCCCUUCCUUCUGAGCCAACUCCCCCUGACAUUUUGGAUGGUACAGCCCAUCCUGAUCGAUUGGCAAAUGUGAAUGGCACGACCCAACGGUCACGACGGGGGAGGACAGGUGAUCAGCGCCGUAGAAGGAGACGCUAAUGCUAGAUGUCCAUGCUUUGAUGAAUGUUCGAUCAUUUAUUUUACUUUCAGGUUUUCAUUGAGACGUCACCUUCACUCAGAUAAACGGCGUCUGUCUCCUUGCUGUCUUAAAAGUGACUAUAAGAUCACCUAUGCUAUACAAUGUAUCAACGAUUUAUACAUUUUGGUUUGAAAUAAUUAUUACAAAACUCAAUUUUUGCAAUUGCGUUAAUUAAGUGACUUGUCGGAGUUUAGUAAAAGUUAUUGUUGAAACCUGGUGGGUCGACAAUCAUCAUUAGAAUUUACCUUAAGCACUUUUGAAUGCUAUUCACACAUAGUCAAGACUCUUGAAAGUGGGAAUUGUAAUGACGGGAAACAGGAAUUGCAUUGAGAUUCAGAGAUUUCCAAUUGGUCAUUCCAGUUAUGUAGGGCAAGACAGAGGUUCUGUGAAUCUCUCCCAUAAUUUGACAAAUAUAAGGGUUGUAACUACUCCUCCAAGUGAGGUUUACAGUACAGCAGAGUAAUUUUAACAAGAUGAACAGGGCUUACAUUUGUUGCAUUUUAUUAGGACACAAAAAAAUAUUUUUCUCAUGUUUAAAGAAAAAUAUGUGUUCCUUAACAAGCAUGUCAGAAACUCUUAUUCCAGAAAGCACUUUUAUCCUAUCAUUGAUUCCACAUGAUUGUGGUUUAAAAAAACAGAAAUACAGUAUACAGUAUGUCAGCUACUGAUAUGCAUUGUGAUUCUGCAUGCAGUUUCUGGUUUGUUAGCAAACUAGUGCAAAGCCUUUGUGAGGAGGAAAACUUUUACCAUUUUGCACAAUUUGUAUAUGAGGGGUAUAUAUUCUGGCAAUAUCUGUAUAUUAUAUUGUAUCCUGUUAUCCUACUAACCAGAAUGUAAAAUAAAGGCAAUGCUAAUGGAAAUGAUCAUCAA